AGGCAGGCCGAGGUGGCCGCGAGCUGGGAGGAUGGUGGUGACCAGGUCCGGGAGGCCUCAGGCCACGAUCCAAGCCACGUUGGCUGAAAACUCCCAGCAGAAGAAUUCUGCUAAAAGAAUUCAGGCACAUCCAAGAGUCAGGAAGGAAUGUCUACCUGUUGACCCAACUACUGCUGAAUCACAGACCACUAGGAAACAAAGUCCAGUCUCUAGAACUCCUAAAACCAGAAAGAGGAAGAGCGGAACUGCAAUCUCAUUAUCUGAAAUGAACAAACCAUCUACUGAUGGAGAGACCUCUGAAGCAGAGUCAAAUUGUUCUUUUGUGUCUGAGCUCCAGGAUCCCAUUUUAAGAGUAACUAGGAGACGGCAGAUCUUAGUUGCAUGCACUCCAGUGUCCAGUGUUCGGAAAAGGCUGAAAAUAACUCCAAUAAAUCAGUCUCAUAUUGAAGAAGACAAUGACGAUGACUCUGAAACUGAAUCACAUGUCUCAGGUAUUUCUAGAAUUGUGCCGCCCACAGUAAUAACUACAAGGACCAGAAGAAGUAAGGCUAAAUCUGUAAGAGAUCCAAGCCAAGAAUUACGUGCAGAAGCUAUUUCUGAUGCUGAGUCAUCAUACUCAGACAUUUCUUCAUUUUCUGGAGUUGCAACUAUGAGAACGAGAAGUAUGCAGAAGAAAUUACACGCACAAACUGAGGAGAAAGAUACUGACAUUGUACCAGAAAAUGAAAAGCAAAUCAUAAAUGUGCCUGUGAAUUCAGAGGAUUCAGAUACCAGACAAACAACCUGUUUACUGGUAAGAUCUCUUCCUCAGAUAAAUAAGCCAAAUUUCUAUAAUGAAAUUCAUAAUGACUUCGAUGAUGAUUCCUUCCACAGAAAUUCAGAAAAAAAACAAACAGUGCAAAAAUGCCAACGUUUUAAUAUAAGAGAGGAGAAAAAGGCCAGUGUUGCAUCUCUCAAAGAAAUAACAAAGCAGAAUAAUAAGAAUUUAGAUCAAGAAACCAAGGGAAUAGUAGAUGAGGAAGAAGAAAUAAAUAAGAAAAAUUCUCAGUUGGAGAGCCUUUCUGAACCUCAGGACACUGGCAUUCAGCAGUUAGUUUCUCAGAGGCAUUCAACCCCCCAAAAUAAUAAGACCACAUCAGAGCCCUCAAAUCUGAACUGUGAGGCUAUAAUGAAAUCGUUAGCUCAAUCAUUUGCGGUGGUGGAAGUGGACAGAUGGAAUGAAGAGAGAAAGAGCACCAUAAAAACAAGUGACUUGACAGAAUUUGGUGAUAGUGGUAGUGAUGAAGAAGAGUGCCCAGUUACAGGUAUCAGUGAAGAUAGGAAUGAAGGAAGGGAUGUAGAUUUUGAGUGUGAAACCAAACUAUUCAAGUCUGAGCUCCACACAUCCCUGGACAAAGGUGAUUCUGUUUUAUUAGUUCUCAGCAGUGAUGAAAGCCAGCAGUCUGAAAAUAGUGAGAAUGAAGAGGACACUGUGUGUUUUGUUGAAAAUAAUGGUCAAAAGGAAUCAUUAAAUGGAGAAUCAGAAAAUAUGUCAUGUGACAAUGCAUUGUUUGUAAUUGACACAACUCCUGGAUUGAGUACUGAUAAACAUUUUUACUUGGAUGAGGGAGACAAGGCAAGUGAAGUUGCCAUUGAGGAGGAAGAAGAGGCGGAAGAGGAUGAAGAAAGUGAAGAACCAUCAGACCAUGACAGAAACAAAGAUAGUGAGUUUAGUGAUGAAGAUGACUUACUAAAUAACACAAAGUCUAAACUUCUGAAGUUGACAAGCAGCAGCCUAGACCCUGGUAUGAGUAUCAAGCAGUUGGGUGGUUUGUAUAUUAAUUUCAAUGCAGACAAACUACAGUCGAACAAGAGAACCCUAACACAGAUCAACGAGAAAAAGAAAAACGAGCUUUUGCAGAAAGCCAUCAUUACUCCUGAUUUUGAAAAAAACUACUGUGUCCCACCAUAUAGUGAAUCAAAGCAUCAACUUCAGAAAAAACGCAGAAAAGAACGACAGAAAACAGCAGGUGAUGGCUGGUUUGGUAUGAAAGCUCCAGAACUGACAGAUGAACUAAAAAAUGAUCUCAAAGCACUGAAGAUGAGAGCUAGCAUGGACCCAAAAAGGUUUUACAAGAAAAAUGAUAGGGAUGGUUUCCCCAAGUACUUCCAGAUUGGAACCAUUGUUGACAAUCCAGCUGACUUCUACCAUUCACGAAUUCCCAAAAAACAAAGGAAGAGAACUAUUGUGGAAGAAUUGCUGGCUGAUUCUGAGUUCAGAAGAUAUAACCGAAGGAAGUACUCAGAGAUCAUGGCUGAAAAAGCAGCAAAUGCAGCAGGAAAGAAGUUUCGAAAGAAGAAGAAAUUUCGCAAUUAAGAUUCACCAAGCAAGCCACAGUAUUUUAUAUCUCCCUUUAUUUACUCAAGAUGUUUUGAAAAUUAACAUCAUCACACAAAUUAAUAUAGACUGGCCCUGUUUGAAAAAAGUUGACUUGAGGGAAAAUCAAUCAUAUACCCUUUGGGAUAAAAACAGGUGUGUCUACAAAAAACCCACCCAUGCUUAGACCCUUUGAGGGAGAAAAAGGGAAACCUCAACCAUUUU